CCCCGAACAUUAGCCAAUCAGAAACGUCGACAAAUACAACCGGAAGGGAUUCCCCAACGGGAAUACCCCGUAUAAACAAUAUGGACCGAUGAUCACAACAACACGCACUCUGAUUUACAGGAUGUAAAUAUGGUACUAUAUACAACAGUUGACGAUGAUGACCCUGAUUUACCUAUCAAUGAAGAGAAGACAAUGGAGACAGAAAUACACAGUGUGAGGUAAACACCAGGACAUAAAAGGCGGACAACUCCAAGGACGAUACGAACAUAAAAAACAACCAAGACGAGGCGGACAACAUCAGGGACGAUACGAACAUCAACAACAACCAAGACGAGGCGGACAACAUCAGGGAGGAUAUGAACAUCAGCAAAAACCAUGACGAGGCGGACAACACCAGGGACGAUACGAACUUCAACAAAAACCAUGACGAGGCGGACACCUCCAGGGACGAUACGAACAUCAACAACAACCAAGACGAGGCGGACAACACCAGGAACGAUACGAACAUCAACCACAACCAAGACGAAACAGACAACACCAGGGACGAUACGAACAUCAACAACAACCAAGACGAAACAGACAACACCAGGGACGAUACGAACAUCAGCAACAAUCAAGACGAAACAGACAACACCAGGAACAAUACGAACAUCAGCAACAACCAAGACGAAACAGACAACACCAGGGACGAUACCCAUUGACAUUGGCUACCUGUGCGUUUCAGGUCACAUUUCAAGUUU